GAGAAUAUAUCCAUGAAUAAUGGAAGUCGCGAAAGCAUCAAGGGAUCGCGGGCCAGACGCACCAAGCAACCCUUGCAUGGUACUUGUUUCUGGUUAUCCUGCAUACACACAACCACAAGAUCUAGGUCGUACAUUUACACAAUUUGGUAAAGUGAAAAUAGACAAAAUCAAUCAAAAGUUUGCAACGCUCUCGUUCUCGAAUUCUAUGGAAGCGAAGAGCGCGAUAAAGGAGUCGAAAAGAAUUACCAUCUAUGGAUCGUUCCUCACAGUGCAGCCACACAGUGCAGUAGCUGUGGAGAAUCAUAACAGACAAAAUAAUAACAGGAAGAGGGAAUUUCCUCGCAGUAAAGAGAAAGGUGUAAUCAUCCACCCCAAAGAUAUUGAUCUCUCUGGGGACUUUUCACAGCAGGUUGAUAAUAUCCUAUUGGCGAUCAGACUAACACAGGAGGAAGUUCUCAGGAUUAGUUUACUCUACUCUGACUUGGAGAGUGCUUUACAGACUGAGUGGCCAGGUUGCGCAGCUAUCCCAUUCGGUUCCAUUCCGACAGGGCUCGGAAUCAAGACGAGUGAUGCUGACUGCUUCGUUAAAGUCCCACCUCAAUAUCGUAUUCCCAAUGUAAAUUUUGUGAACAAAGCGACACGAAUCCUUCGCCAAUAUCCUCAAAUCUUCUCCGAAAUCUUGUCCAUACCGCGCGCUAAUACACCAAUAGUUAAAUUCUUCCACAACCCCACUUCUACCAACUGUGAUGUCUCAUUUAAAACAGAACUUGGUGCUAGGAACAGCGUCUUAAUCAAUUUUCUCCUUCGAACUGACCCAAGACUAAUUCCAAUGGCUGUUCUCAUUAAAUACUGGGCUAGAGUACAUGAGGUCUCUGGCAGUGGUAAAGUCACCAACUAUGCCCUCACCAUGCUCAUUGUUUUCUACCUUCAACAAUGUACCAACCCCAUCCUCCCCUCUAUAAUGUGGCUCCAGCAAGACCCCAAAAAUGAUUAUAUAGUUGAUCACUGGAAUACAGGAUUCAUGAGUCAACUUGAUGGGCUCCCGAAAUCAUCUAACAGAUCCUCAAUAUCAGAAUUAAUUGGUGGAUUUUUUGAAUACUAUGCUGGGUUUAAUUUCGAGGAAAUGGUUAUUUGUCCAUACUUAGGUGAACCGGUGAAAAAAGAUUUAUUCAAAGAUCCGAAUAAUUUACCCAAAGGAUUUGAAAGAUACAGAGAUAACAUAAAAAAUCAGAACACGCCAGGGUUGCGUUUCACCACGUCAUGGUGCGCACAAGAUCCAUUUGAACAGUGCCAUAACAUUGCUUCGCCAGUCUCUAGUCGGCACGCCAGUAAUAUCAAGGAAUACUUCAGGUUUGCGUCAAGUGCUUACAUAAAGGACAAGCCCAACAAAUGUGAAAACUUCCUGAAAAUGAUUCUUCUAGAAAAACCCAAAAUUAGUAAAGAGAGAGGUCAUCCAGAGUUUAGAUCCAAUUUGUUCCCGAAAUUUAUAAACAACAUCAUCGAUCCGGAUUGGAAGUCAGUAGUGCGAAAUAUUAUUCUGCUAAUAUUUGAAAGUAUGCUGAAAAUUAAACUUGGUAAAGUAGAAGAAAAAGUAAACCCUGAUUCAAAGAAAGAAAAAGAGAAGUAUAUGGGCGAGGUUACAAAACCAAUAUGGAAGAGAAAGCAAGCUUCUAAAAUGCCAGGAAUUAUGAACCUAGAUUUGCAACAGCAACAAGCGAGAAUAACGGAGGAGAUUUUGAAAUCUGAACUCGAACAAAUCAGUAUUCAGUUUCAAAUGAUAAUGACAUACUGCCACAAUCCUAAGCGGGCUGUGGUAUCGAUUAAGCUGAACAAUGGCAACAUAGGUACCUUCAAGGAAUUCGGCAAAUUUUUCGUCUCUGUAUUACAGAGCUGGUUCACGCACCUACUGGCACCUUACACAAGAAGUUGUAAUAACGACACUGCGGCGAAGAUAGCUGAGACAAUUAAAUUUCUUGACAGCAAUCGUGAUGGUUACCAUUGUGACUCAUCGAGUGAAUAAGAAUUGAAGGCUGCACCAUUUCCACGGUGUAGCCUUAAUCUCAGCUCUGGCUCCAUACGAAACACACCACGCUAUAACUUAACCAUAUAUCCCGCGAUGAAACCAAUGUAAACAUCAUUCUGUCAGAGUUUUAUUUUAUCGUAGUAGAUAAACUCUAUUUUAAUAUUAAGCUAUAAUUAUUGUCUUUUUUAUAAUUUCAUUUUAUAGAAUUGUAUUCAUGACUUAAAAUA